AUGAAGAAGGCCGCGGCGAUUUUGUUCGUCCUCUUCCCCUACAUGUACACCAGCACCUCCACGUCUGCUGAGCUUUUCUUCCGUCUGCUGCGCCCCGACGACCAGCCGAGGAAGUUCUCCACCAGUGUGCUGCGCCCGGCGGCGUCCGACCACGUGCCCGUGGACAAGCUACUCGAGAGCAAGAACAAAAUGUACGACCCCAGCGCCAGCGACCUCAACAUCUCGCAGCUCGUGCGGCAGCUCGGCUCUGACCUUGACCUCGAGUACAUGUCCGUGUAUGACCCCGCCCUCACGUCCACCGUCGAGACGACCUUCAUCGCGUUGAAGAAGGGGCGCCCGAAGGGGCGAAGGCCCCGGUUUUUGAGCUUGUUACGCAGCGCCCGCUUACAAGACGGUUCUAUCAUUCAUUUGACCAGCAGCAAGAAAGAGAGGAGAAAGUUCCAGAAGUACCUGUGGACGCUGACGUUCUGCCCCGUCGUCCACACGUGGAAGUACCUCGGCAUCCGCUUCUGGCCGCACUGGAUCAAGGAGGGUCAGUGCACGAAGAACCGCUCGUGCUCGCUGCCCGAGGGCAUGACGUGCAAGCCGAGCGCCACGGCGUACAAGACAUUCCUCAGGUGGAACUGUAUGGACUUCAGGGAGAAGACGUCCUGUAGCUGGAUACCUAUCAAAUACCCGGUCAUCACCUCAUGCUCGUGUUCCUGCUAGAGGCGGUAGACAAAUGCUGGACCUUGGCUGGGCGGUGACUAGACCUUGGCUGGGCAGUGA